UUCCAUACCAAAUCCGGGAGGGAACACUAGAGUGGGCGCCGAGUUGGUCCCGGUGGCGGUCGGUGACCUUCGCUUUGCCCCACGACUCCCAGCGGAGACGUUCUGCACUGGGAGAGGGAUUCGUUCCCAUCCCGGCGGUCUCCGUGGUGCUGUUGACUGCUUUGGAUCCCCACAACCCCAAGAAGAAGCAGGACCUAGACAAACUUUAUGAUCUAAAAGCUAAAGCCCAACAGAUUAUGAACCAGUUUGGCACUUCUACCUUGAUCAACCUCUCCAACUUCUCCUCAAUUAAGCCAGAACCAGCCAGCACCCCCCCCCAGAGCUCCAUGGCCAACAGCACCACUGUGGCAAAGAUGCCAGGAACACCCUGUGGAGGAGGGCGGCUCAGUCCUGAAAGCAACCAGGUUUUAACCAAGAAGAAGUUGCAGGACCUGGUGCGUGAGGUGGAUCCGAACGAGCAGCUGGAUGAAGAUGUGGAGGAGAUGCUGCUACAGAUUGCUGAUGACUUCAUUGAGAGUGUGGUGACAGCUGCUUGCCAGCUUGCGCGGCAUCGCAAGUCCAACACCCUGGAAGUGAAAGACGUCCAGUUGCACCUCGAGCGCCAGUGGAACAUGUGGAUCCCAGGCUUUGGUUCUGAAGAAAUCAGGCCCUACAAAAAAGCCUGCACUACAGAAGCUCACAAACAGAGAAUGGCACUGAUCCGCAAAACUACCAAGAAAUAGCUCCUGAGCAGAGCCAGAGACACCAGGACACCUGUCUCUCCACUGAAGCCUCCAUGAUGUCACCUGUGGGAUACUUUUUUAAUGCUUUACAGAAAAGCAUCUAUUUUUUAUUAAUGGUGCAGCAAUAUCUUGACUUGAUGAGGAGACCUGCCAAAAACAUUCUAUGCCCUGUUCUUCGAUCCUCCUCAGAGUGCGACAUAUCUCAAACAGAGACUUUUAUUUGUGACUUGAAAGUGGUUUAUCGUACAAGUGAUUAUCCAAGGGACAGAGCAUUUGAUCGUGUGUGGGACAGUAUUAGAAGCAUCUGUAGAGGUUUUUGUUUCCUCCUUCCUGCCCGUAUCUGGUCCAGUACUUUGUAAUGUCAGUGUUUAUAUAAAUACUUGCGUUUGUUUUUCAUGAAUAAAGAAAUUAUUCUAA